GGGCUCCCCUGCUGGCCGGGCACCCGCACGCCGUGCCUUGGCCCGCUGUGGAAAUGCCGCUGCCCGCGUGGCUGAGCUGCUCCAGCCCCUGGCGGCUCUCCCUUCCCACCGGUUAUCUCCUUCCCUGCAUCCUUGCAUGGUUUCAUCUUUAAAUGAUACAAGCCCUCUCCUUUCACGCUUCCCUGGCAUAAAGGCACUUUCAUAUAUUUUUUCCCUUCUUAUUUUACUCCUCGAUUACUAUCUGUCGUUUUUCUUCCCUCCCCUUUGCAGCCAUUCCAGCCAGAUGGGUUUCCAGGCUUGGCUGCCACUGCCAUUGCCAAAGCAGCUGGUGGUGUUCGGGCUGGGCGACUGGAGCUGUUACUCUGCGGACACGAGUAUCGCAGUGGAUGUGCUGGUGUCCCCAGGCGUCGCGCCACAGCGGGUCGGCACGCUGGAGCCCACCCGCAGGUCUCUGGUGUGGGAAGGUGACUGGAGAACAGAUCUUUUCAUGGCCUCGUUGAAGGAGAUGGACAAAGGCAACCCUGUGAGGCUUGUUCUGACUGUCAAUGGACAGCUGCUCCGAGGUGUCUCCAGCAGUACACCUGUCCAUCCCUUCCUUGUUCCAGAGACCAGCCAGUCACCAGUGCUCCCAGCAGAUGAUAGAACCUUUGACCUGGAGGAUCCUACUGGGGUUAAGAGUCAGAGCUCAGAGGUGGCUGCCAGAGCAUCCAGGCCUGUGAAGAAGGACAUCUGGCCAUCACUGAGGACCGUGGUGGUGCCCUGUGCUCUGAAGUCUCCAGCUGAAAAGGUGGAAACCAAUGAAGCCUGGAGGAAAAGCCGUGACCAAGGACCACCACCAAGAAUUCACUCCAAAAAGCCCAGAAAGGUUUUAUUUGAACCCACAGCAUCUGAGAGAGAUCUUGAUGAAGAAGAUCUGGCGGUGAAGGAGUUGCAAGGCAGUCCCAGCCCUCGGUGGUGCCAUGCCAUGUGCCUCAGUGACCUGGGGACAGCUGUUCUCAUUGGUGGAGAAGGUGUCAAUCAGCAGUCCUGCAGGGAUGCUCUUUGGAAGCUGGAAAUUGACAGUGAUUUAUGGCUUCCAGUGGGUUUCCAGCUACAAAAUGCCAUGCCAUCGUGCUUGCAUGGUCACACAGCGACCUACGACCCGGAUACCAAGCGUAUCUACAUCUUUGGGGGCAUAAGGGAGGACAAAGACUACAGCAGCAUCUACAUUCUGGACACUGUCACCUGGAAAUGGCUGGAAGUGGCUGCUAAAGGGAGGAUACCAGUGCUCACCUACCACAGUGCAACUAUCUACCACAAGGAGCUCUUUGUUUUUGGAGGAACUUCCCCCAGAAAGGCAUCGCUGGCAGUUGCACCCUGCAGCAAUGUGCUCUAUGUCUUCAAUCCAGAGCAUGAAAUUUGGUAUCAGCCCAUUUCAGAAGGGGAGAAGCCUCUGCCUAGGCUUGGGCAUUCAGCUACUCUAUUGAAAAAUAAGCUGGUGAUUUUUGGGGGUCAGAGGACUUCUGUCUACCUCAGCGACAUGCACAUUCUGGAUCUGGGUUUCAUGGAGUACACAUCAGUCCCCCUCCUGGCAGGACAGCCUUCUGCACGUUGCUUUCAUGCAGCUCUGGCUGUGUCGGACCAGAAGGUUCUGAUCAGUGGAGGCUGCAAUGCCAGAGGAGCCUUGCAUGAUGCCUUUGUCUUCCACCUAGAUACUCUUUCAUGGAGCACAGUGAUCCACCACGACCUCUGCUCUGUUCCCCGAGCUGGCCACACAUUACUUGACCUGACUCCUGCCCACUUGAUGGAUAUGGACAAGGAGAACAAAGAGGAGCAGAAGCUGCACACGGUGUUGGUCUUUGGGGGCUCCAACUGUGCUGGGACCUUUUAUAACAGCACACUCAAGAUCCAGCUGGACCUAGGAUAAGCAUGGUUCUCAGAAUGAGCCUGAACAGCAAGGCUCUUCACCAGCCUGAAUAUAGAUAUGGAUGGCAAUAAAUGAGUCCAAGCAA